AUGCUUCAUAUUUCAACAAUCGAGCAUUUACCAAACGAAUUAAUUCUUCAUAUAUUUUCUUAUUUAAAGCCUGAAGAAAAUUUUUAUUCAUUUUUUAAUUGCAAUGAUCGUUUACGGAAACUAGUGAAAUGUCAUGUCUUCUAUAGUCGUCGUGCACUUAAUAACGAUAUUAAAAGACUUUCAAAACUACACAGUUGGUACAAACAUUUGGACUAUAUCGAUGAUGGUGUAAUAUUUCAUUUGAUACCCUUGAAAGGAGAACAAGCACGAAAUGGUUUGGAUCCAAGAAUUUCUGAUGAAAGUGGCAUUCAUUGGCAUUUUUGGAAAGAGAAGUCUAUUCCAAUAGCUGAUCAAAGAAUACAACAAAUUGUUGAAAAAUAUCCGAUUAAACUCAAUCCAUUAUUCUAUCCUGGUAGAGUUUUUAUAAAACCAAAUAUGUCUGGAUUCAAGGAAUUCGUUCGUCGAUAUUAUGCAUCUCAUUGGAACAUUUUGGAACCCAUAUUGGUUAGUGAAUCAUGGGAUUACACUUGGACAAAUGAUAUGAAAACUUCGAUGGUACAUAUCCAAGAAAACGAGUCUAGACGGAUGAAAAAAGCAAUCUUAGAAGCAGCUGAUCAUAUAUGGAAAGAAUUACAAGAGUUAGAAGACGUAAAUAUAACUGAGAUACAAUACCAGCAACAAACGGCAGGCUUUGGACUGGUUGUUCGACUGUGCGAGGUCCCAAAAUCUGAAUAA